AUGGAAAUUCUCAGAAAACUAAGUCUUGUGAUUUUUGUUGCAUUUCUGUUUUUCUUUAAAUCAGUUUUAUGCUCUUGUAAAAUUGAAGUUAAAAAUCUAGUGACAAAAGGUGCAGUGGAGCCAUUAUUUCUAUCAAAAAGUUUAAAUCCUGAAAAGUAUUAUUUUAACAUACCCAGAAAUGGAUUUAUAACUGUCGAAAAUGGCGAAGAUCUUUACUCAUUCUGUCGACAAACAAAAGGAAAACCACCAGUUUUAACAAGAUCAAACUGUAUAAAUGACAAAUUCGAUCCACCGAUUAAUACUGUAUGUCCGCAAGAUCAAGCUCCAAUAGCCAAAUUUUACAAUUCACGUUCUUGUGGGCAAAAUCUUGAAGGAAGAAUAUUUGAAAUUGGAUAUGAAUUAAUAGCACCCGAUAAGGAUAAUAAUAAAAUUGUUCAUUUUAUGCCUUUAACAACUGUUUGUCACAACAAGUAUUUGGAAUCAACUUUUUAUUCGCAACAUGUUUUAUACAAAGGCAAUAUGGGCAAGAGUAUGAAAACAUUUGGCACUGAGUAUUGGGACAGUUCUGGAUAUGAUGAAAAUACAGCAGAUAAUGUUAAAAAGUAUUAUAAUGACACCAAUGAAAAAGCAUUUUUUAAAAAAAUAAAUUUAAACACUGAUGAUCGUUUAUCAAAAGGACACUUGAACCCGAAUGGUGAUCAACCUUUUCAAUCGUGGAAAAAAGCAACAUAUUUUUAUCUAAAUCAAGUUCCGCAAUGGCAAGUAUUCAAUCAAAACGCAUGGGAAAACAUUGAAUAUAAUGUAAAAAAACAAUCAGAUAAAGCAGAUUUAAUUGUUUUUACUGGAGGACAUGGUCAGUUCAAGAUUGGUGCUCGUGAUGUAUUUAUGAGUAACAUUACAGGAUCUUAUGAUACAGUUCCACGUAUUCAAGUCCCGAAACUAAUCUGGAAACUCUUCUUUAAUGUUGAAACUCGACAUUGUCUUGCAUUUGUCAUAAUGAAUUAUAAUUUUGGUUCUGAUGCAUUUGAAAAAAGAGACCCAGAAAUGUGCAGUGAUAGAGAUGAUGAAUGCAAAAAUUUAGAUGAUAAAAGACUUAAAAAUAAUAUAAAUAAUGUAAAUGCUGGAUUUCUCUCUUGCUGUAGUUAUAAAGAGCUUACAAAAAUGAUCAAAUAUGAAUUAAAUCAUGAAGGCGCUCCUUUGAAGUGUUUAACUUCUGAUGAAAUUCACAAAUCAGAAAAUGACAUAUUGGCUGCACCUUUUAGUGUUGGUUUCUCAGCAUUUACUUAUUCAUUUUCCAAAACUAAAGGAAAAAACAAAUUAAUUUAUCAAAAAUUCUUACUGAAUCUUCGUGUACAACAAUAAAUGUAAGGAUGUUAAUUAUAGAAUCAAUUUGAUAAUCUUUGUUUAAAAAUGUAAAGAACUUCUGAAACAAAAAUCUUUAAAAGACACUG